AAACAAACAGUUGUCAGAGUUUUCUGCGCGUGCCCUUCCCCCUCCUCGAACCCCGGAGAUGCGCCGAGGCGCGAGCCAGGAAUGCGCUGUGUGACGUCACGUGGGUCCGGAUCGCACACUUUUGGGGGAUCGUACGUUGCUUGCCUACAAAAACUAAACUUUGAUUAACGUCGACUUUGGAUCGCGGAGGUGGAUGAGACUCUCGGAUGAAUAACGCGAUUCUGUGUGGAUUGAUCGCAAAUAACUUUUUGCAGAUAGGAGCUUGUCCCGACUUGAGAUGUUUUGAAGGAAGGGGCAGUAAAUCUGAGACGCAGACUGGAACAUUUCUGCUGAAAGAAAUUUUAAGACUCGUGUGCUGUGCAAACUGGGACACGCGCCCUUGUUUCCAUAGAAACGUGCAGGACGCUCUCUGACACGGCAGCGGUGGCGCGCGCCGCUCUGAUCAAACAUCAAUACUUCACAAGAACCGCAAGAUGGUAAGACGACCACCACGAAUCAACAACAUAAGCCGUUUCACGAGAACGUCUACUACCCGUACCCCAGCGAUCCCCCGGGAACUCAUUCCUCGGCAGGGAUCCCGUCUCUCCUGUGCUCUCCUCAGAGUCAGCCCUCCUCCGGCAGCCAGAACAGACCUGCCAUGUCUGGACCCCUCACCUCAUCUGGAGUCGGUACCGUCGGCACCGUCGUCCCCCCGCCCUUCAAAUUCCGAGCUCGGCGCGAGAGCGUGGACUGGCGUCGCUUCAACGCCGUUGAUGUGGACCGGGUGGCUUGCGAAAUGGACUUCGACGCUUUGCAGGAGCACAUCACGGCGGUGACGUUUUGUAACGUGGAGGGCGAGCGUUGCCCCCGCUGUCAGAGCCCCGUGGACCCGGCUCUGAUCAAGCUCUUCCGGCUGGCUCAGCUCACGGUGGAAUACCUGCUUCACUCCCAGGACUGUCUCAGCAUCAGCCUGCAGGCGGCCGAGGAGAGGCUGGUGGCGGCGGCCAAGGAGACGGAGCAGCUGUGCGUCCAGCUGCAGAAAAAGAGCCAGGAUGCAAAAAACUUGAAGGACGAACUGAAGCAGAGGAAGAAGAUCAUCACCUCUCAGCAAGCCAUGUUUAACGCCGGGAUGAGUGCCAACUACCACAAGUGCCAACAUUGUGAGAAAGCCUUCAUGAACAUCUCCUUCCUGCAGAGUCACAUGCAACGCAGACAUUCAACGGAGUUUGACAUCAAGCUAAUGACGGACAACAAAAAAAAGAUCCAGACCAUAAAGUUACAAGAGGAGAUCAACAAACUUCAAGAGCAGUUGACACUGGUCACGUCCCAAAUGGAGACACAGCAGAAAGACUACAAUGCUAAACAGGAGAAAGAGCUCGUUCAGAGACAGGAGGAGUUUAAGAGACUAUUGGACAGCUGGAAAGAAGAUGAAUACAUACGAAUGAACAGCAAAAUAGAUGAAGUCAAGCAAGCGUGUCAGCGCGACAUGGAUUCAAUGCAUCAGAGGAACAGGAACCUAGAAAACGAGCUGCUGAAAUUGAAUCAGAAUAAUAAACAGGAAGUCGCAGCGACACAGUCUGGUUCGCCAGCCAGCAAUGAACACUGGCAGGAGUUUGUUAAACUUCAGCAGAAACUCCACAAACAGGAGGUGAAGUGGUCCGACAAAAUGCAAAAACAGAAGGAGAAACAUGACAGCGAGAAGAAUCUGCUUCAGGAGGAGCUGUCAAACCUGCGGCGUGUGGUGUCAGAAGGGAGAGAGGAGACCAGGCGUCAGGUGCAGGAAUUGAGCCUCAGGCUUCAGGAGCAGCAGCAGAUUGUUACUACACAUAAUAAGCAGAUGAAACAGAUCUCAUCGAGGCCUCCAACAGUAUUAGUUCAACGUGACAUAGUUGCUGUCCCGGCUCCAGAGACAAAAGCUAAAGUGAUGGUCAGUGAGCAGUUCAACUCGGUUCAUACGUUGGAUCCUAUAGUGGAGCUGUCUGAGGAAGAUAAAGAAUCCUCAAGCAUCUCCGAACGUCAUCCAGAGAGCCACUCGUGGAGGCAGCAGGUGGAGGAACUGUUAAAGAACCCGGGCUUAAGGAGAGACAUGCUUGUAGCUGCCCAGCAGAACCUCCAUGACAGAUUGAUGAACUUCGGCAUCAAGGGGGUCACAGGUCUCUCUAAAGGGGCGUAUAAGAGCGCCAUGGCCCAGAUAAACUCAGAACGUCAGAAUAAAGAAGAAGAGGAUCCAGCGUAUAGGGGGGCACAGAUAGAGAUCAGCCGUAAACUGGAACAGAGGGUGAAGGAGAGGAACACCGAGGAACCAACCAAACCCAAACAACUAGAACAAGUGGUUCAAUCUAGACCCAGAUCCAGCAGUUUUCCAUCUACGGUAACUCGUGUGAUGUCAGGUCCUGCUCCCAAACCGCACCAAACCCCACAGCAGACUCCACGCAUCCGGACCCGCACCCAGCCCAAGACCUCCACACUACUACAACAACACAACAGAACGCCUCCAUUCAGCUCUGACGAAGAGACGUCUGAGGAAGAGGAGGAAUCUGAGGAAGAAGCCCCUCAAACACAGAAGAAAGCUCCCCAGGUUAACCGAACCACCGUGAAAGCACAAAUGCCCAAAACACAUCUGUCCUCGACCACGCACACGACCACUCCCGCAGACAGAACAGCUGUGACCACACUGAGCAUGAGCGACAGCGAGUGGAUGGACGGCAGCGAGAUGGAUGAGAUCAACGUCUCACAGCUAAACAAACACAAGGACCAGAAUGGAAACGUGGAGAAGACUUCUUAUAGUAAUGUCAAAGCUCUUGGCAAAAGCCUGGAGAAGCAGCUGGAAGCGCGAGGCCCAAAGAAACCUGCAGGGGGCGUAAAUAUGUUCCAAGAGAGCCCAACGGUUGUCAAAAACAUAAAGGACGAUGAAAAGAAAGAUCUGAAGUACACAGAUGAAGAUGAUGAUGACGACUGGGAUAUCUCCUCUCUGGAGGACGUGCCUGCUGUAUCCAAACCCAACCGUAGCCCCGCCCCCAUCAGGAGGAGCCUGGACAAGAGUCUGGACACCAGCACUAGCAUCUGGGGAUCAUCCGCACCUAAAGGACAGAAAGCAGGCCUUACAGACGCUGGAACCGGCAGCACUCUGAAGAGCAGUUUAGUGACUGUCAGUGACUGGGACGAUACAGAUGAAAUAUAACAUCCAAUGAUACCAAAACAUCCACAAACCAGUACACCUUAUGUAACUGAAUAAUUGUAAUAUGUAGUGAUCUUGUACCUCAGGCUUAGUGAUUAUUCAGGGACAUCACUGCAAAACCAGCUUUUUAUAGCUAAAUUAAAAGUGAAAAUUAUCAAGGUACUUGUACACCUGGUACUGAGGAACACACAAGGGAGAUUGCACUUUAAAAUUAUGUCUUCACACUUUUUUGAUAGUUUAGGUAUUACAUGUUCUUCUGCAAUACAACUUGACUGUAGCCUCAAAUGACAAAGGACUUUUGUAAUGUAACAUAUUUUAUAUAUUAAAUUCAUUCUGUUCAUUCAUUCA